AAAUUCUUAGCACCUCAAAUCGGUGGCCAGUCGAUUUUAUUUUUCUCGUGUCACUAUGUUGUUGACCGGGUGGACGUGGAGAGAAUUUAUCGUUUCUGAUGGUGAGGAGGCGCCUUACCGUUACCUUUGGGACUUUGGACCCGGAUUUCGAGCCACAACGGGUGUCAUGGCGGCCUCGGCAGUCGCUCUACAUGCAUUCCACAUGCAUUCCAAAGCCACAAAGUUCUGUUGGCGGCAUCGCAUCCUCGAGACGACUGGGAUAGCGAUCCGCAGGAACGUCGUCCACCCAAGUUAUUAGCUCGGUACAUACCUAAUGAGUAAGGUACCUGAGGCACACU